AUGGCUGCACCGGACUCACAAGACUCACAGCGGACAAUACAGGACGACCUACGUUCGGUCAAGUUUACUCACGAGAACCCCACUGUCCCCGUGGAGGGUGGUGCGGUCACCGCAAAUGACCUCCUGCUGGCUGCCUAUGACCCGGCGAAAUUACAUCCCCUCGCUCAGCUUGGGGACCAGUUAGACUAUCUUGUACUAGAUGAUGCAAAAAAGAACGAGUUGCCAGGGGCCGGAACAGCCAUACCUUCUCGAGGUUUCAGUGAUGAUCUAUGCUACGGAACGGGUACUAUGUACCUCAGCGGCCUGGCCCUAGGUGGCCUUUGGGGUGUGAGCGAGGGUGCCCGACGACCAUUAGCCGUAUCAAACAUGCGAUUGCGGAUCAACAGCAUACUCAACUCUGUCACGAGAAGGGGUACUUUCAUAGGUAACUCGGCUGGCGUGUUAGCGCUGGUUUACAACGGAAUCAACUCUUCUAUCGACUCUUUCCGCGGAAAACAUGAUACUGCGGGUAGCAUGGCAGCUGGAGCUUUGACAGGCGCUCUGUACAAGUCGACCGCCGGAGUCAAACCCGCACUGGCUGCAGCGACUCUGAUUUCGGGACUUGCGGGCGUAUAUGGAGUUAUGUGA